AUGUUUAAGAUGAUUAAAACAUUAAAAUUGAGUAGAUUAUUAAAGUUUAACAGCAGCAGGACGAAGUACUUGAAUGUAGUAUUUUCCAAACACUUUAACACAGUUAAAAAUGAUUGUAUGAAAAUUGAUAACACGUAUAUUUAUAACGUGUACAAACUAAAUGAUAUAUAUUAUCAUAAUUUGAAGGUAAUAAAUAACUAUGAUGAAUAUUUCAAUUUAGUUAUAAAAAAUGAAUACUUCACAGAUUAUUCAAAAAUACAAAAUAAAUUAAAAGAGAGUAGAACAACAAGCAAUGAUCAAAAUGUACUAGGAGAGUUAUGUCAUAAACAGGCUGUAGAAGAACAAAAAAACAAUUUGGGUACAAUUUCCGAAGGGGAAACUAAUGAAAAUAAUUCUAAAAAUAUAAUUACUUCUAACGAUUUACAGGUGUUAUAUUUUGGUAGUUAUGAAAACAAUAUUAGUAUUAUAUUUUUUGAAAAGUUUAAAAGUAUUAUUGAAAAAAAUAAAAAGUUGCAAUUUUUUUUUCUAGAUGUUAAUGUAUGCCCACAGUGCUCGUACAACUGUGAUAUAACGUAUGUACCUUGCAUAUGUUUAAUAUAUAAAAAUCAUAUAUUUAGGAAAAAAAUAGAAAUUAAUUAUGAAAGUCCUAUAGAUGAAAACUACUUAAAUGAGUUCCUUAGUAAUAUACAGCAAAGCAUUGAUACUUUUCAUUCUUAUAACAACAAGUUUAUUUACACAUUAAAAAAACAGAGCAAUUAUUUGAAUACAAAGUACAUAGAUAUUGAUAAUCAAAAUAUUCAUAAGGAAAACUGGAACACCUACUAG